AUGCAAGAAAAGCCGACUACCGUCGCGGCCUACGCGGCCGGGGCCUCGCUAGCCGCUGUUGCCUUGUUCUACGUGUUCGGUCCGAACUACACGAUCGACGGAGAUGAAUCGAACGACAGCAAUCGCAAAAAAAGCAUCGUCGGCCUAUCGAACCUGGCCAAUGACUGCUUCAUCAAUUCAGUGCUCCAGGCACUCGCCGGCCUGGGCGAUCUGCGGGUCUACCUGAUCCACGAACUACACCGACGGCAACUGGACGGGCCAGAAACAUACAAUGUCGUGGCCAGCGACGAUGAGCUCUCGGCAGCGCGGUCAGACAAGUUGCGGGAGUUACAGCAGGGCAUAACUACGCGGGCAUUGAAGGAGAUGUUGGAUCGGUUGAACGAGAGGCCGAUUUACAAAAAGACUAUCUCGGCUCGCGACUUCAUCCAGGCGCUGGAAUACGCGUUCCGCACACGCAUCAGUCGCAAUCAGCAGGACGCGCAGGAAUUCCUGCAGAUUGUUCUGGAGCGGCUCUGCGAUGAGUACCAUGCUGGUGCGCGCGCGCGGCAGCGAGCAUUGGGCGCCAUUGGCGCGGCAGCUUCUACAUCGGCCGAGGGCAGCGCGCAGGAGAGCUCGUCUGAAGUCGAGGUUCGGAUUGAUGAUGGAUCGCCCAAUGGACUGCCUGCUAUCAUUGACACGAAAUUGAAGGAGAUUGACCAGGAGUCUGGGUUCCCCUUCGAGGGCAAAAUGGAGUCGCAGAUCGAGUGCCAGUUCUGCCAUUACCAAUACAAGCCCAAUCAGACGGCGUUCGUCAAUCUGACGCUGCAGGUGCCCCAAAAGAGCUCCACGACCCUGGGCUCGUGCUUUGACGGUCUGCUGAAAACUGAAUACAUUGAGGACUUCCGCUGCGAUCGAUGCAGUCUGCAGCAUGCUGUAGAUGUCAAAAGCAAGGAGCUUGCUCGUGCCCGGACACAGGACGAUCAGGAUCGUCUGGAACAGGAGAUUUCUCGCCUCCGCGAGGCUAUAGAGACGGAUCCCGAGGUCGAGCUGGAAGGAAUCGUGUUCCCGCCGUCGCAGACCGUCCCCAAGCGCAGGAUUGCGCGCCACAUGCGCAUCACGGCCUUUCCCAAGGUCAUCGCCAUCCACUUGUCGCGAUCGAUCUUCGACCGGAGCAGCUCGAGCAAGAACGCAGCCAAAGUGUCAUUCCCCGAGCGACUGCCCUUAGGCGGCAUCCUCACGCAGAAGUGGUACAAGCUGCUCGCGAUUGUCUGCCACAAAGGCAGCCACCACAGCGGACACUACGAGUCCUUCCGACGGAACCAUAUCUACCCGCCGUUCUCGACGCCAGAGGCCUUCAGCUCCUACGCACAGAGCCGUGCCGCGAGCGAGAACCCGUCCGCGGCACCCAGCCCGCGGAUCAUACCGCGCAGUAGCCCGGACCCAGAAGCCAUCGGCAGCCUUUCCACGGCGGACUCGCUGGCCUCGCUAUCGGGAGCUUCGGCCUCGGCCUCGGCAACACAGCUCACCCCAGGACGGCCCGCGACCUCAGGCUCGCGACGUUCCUUCCAGAGUACCACGUCCCGGUCCUCGAAACAAACAUUAUCUCCUACUUCGGAUAGCCCGGCGACAGAUCAGGGUCGCUGGAGUGGCUCUGGCCCGCGGCCGUCCCGCAGCAUACCCCGCCCUUCCCAGGAUGCCCCCACGGGGGUCAGUUCGCGGCUUCGACGCCGUCGCAAGCCGAACGAUCGCUGGUGGCGCAUCUCGGAUGAGAAGAUCAAGGAAUGUAAGACCUCCGACGUGCUGGGCAUGCAGAGGGAGGUGUACCUCUUAUUCUACGAGUUGGAGAAGCCCGAUCUGAACCCUACCGAGGGGGUUUGA